AUGGCAAGCAACUAUGGCAGUCCUCAUCGAAGUGGUCGAAACGCCCGCUUUCAUAAAAGUGAUCAGUUCACUGUUUUGCCGAGCGUGGUAGAGGAUAGCUCCCAUGGAAGUGCUUCCACCGAUUCAUUCUCUUCUUCUGGAGGAUCGCUGUCGCAGCUGGGCCCCGAUGAUCCCGCAGACCAUGCCAUAAGUGCACCUCGAGGACAAGUCAACAAUCAAGCGUUACAGGCCAAGCAGCUUCCAACAACUCCUCAACGAGCUCGUCGGAUGACAGCCAACGGAAGCGGCAUGACUUUCAUUGUCUCACCGACUUCCGCUUCUCCGCAGACUUCUCAACAGCACGGUGAUUCUGGUCAGAAGAAGUUCGGCAAAGUCGACCAUCUCAACGACUCCGGCAUGCAACGUCGCACUUCUCAUGCUAGCCAAGUUUCUGAUAACUGGCGCUCGUCCGGUCGUCGACCAUCCACCACGGCCAAUCCCUUCGACACAUCUCCGCCUUCGAUGACUGAUGUCCCUGAGUAUCUAGCUGUGCAAGAGAUGGCUUUCCGCCAGGGUCAGCAUGCCUCAGAUGACUCUCGAAACUGGGUCCCACCGAGUCCUUUCGCGAAGCACUUCGACCAUGUCUGGGCUCAGUAUUUCAAGAUGGGUGCGGCCUAUGGAGGAUUGCCUGCUGUACCGCUCAUAACAUCAUCUUACUCACGCGGUAACUUUCCCUGGUCAGUCUUGAUCAACCCCGCUACGCAGGAUCUAGAGCACCCCAACGGCUCGUUCGACAUGGAGUGGGCUCGUAAGAUGUGUCUCAUGUCGUUGAACUGCAUGAAGGAGCUCAUCCAUGUCGUGCGCGAGCGCCACAACGAUUGGCGCAAGAUCGUCUGCGACAUCCCUCUCCCGGUUCAGCAGGCCAUUCUAGCCUUCCCUGACCUCUGCGAGUACUAUGCGGCUCUUCAGCACGAGGCUCGUCAGGCGUUUGGUAACGGGCUGUAA